AUGCAGCAAAUUUCUUUCUUUGUUCUUUUUUUCCUCUGUUUUUCAAUCGGGUCGGGUCAACCGGGUCAAACCAACGAUCUUCAAACUCUACUCGAAGUGAAGAAGUCUCUUGUCGCAAACCCAAAAGACGAAAACGUUCUCCGGAGUUGGAACUCCGAUGAUCCCAAUUUCUGUAACUGGACCGGUGUCACGUGCGGUGGUCGUGUAGUCAUCGGUUUAAACCUCUCCGGUUUAAACUUAACCGGUUCAAUCUCUCCUUCGAUUGGCCGGUUCAGUAACUUAAUCGACCUCGAUCUAUCGUCCAACAGUCUCGUGGGCCCCAUCCCAGCUGAUCUCUCCAACCUCUCUUCUUCUUUGGAAACUUUGCAUCUCUUCACCAACCAACUCAGCGGCGAGAUACCGAGUCAACUUGGUUCACUCGUGAACCUCAAGUCGUUAAAACUCGGAAACAACGAGUUCGUCGGAUCAAUCCCGGAGACGCUCGGGAAUCUCGUCAAUCUCCAGACGCUAGCCUUGGCCGCAUGCAGUCUCACCGGUCCGUUACCGAGUCAACUCGGUCGACUCGUUAACAUCCAGAACUUGAUUCUACAGGACAACUUCCUCGAAGGACCGAUUCCACCCGAGUUAGGUAACUGCACAAGCCUCGUUUUGUUCAGCGCGGCGGUGAACAGACUCAACGGAUCUUUACCGGCGGAGCUGAGUCGACUCGGAAACUUGGAGACACUCAACUUGAAAAACAACAGCUUCUCCGGUGAGAUACCGAGUCAAUUCGGUGAUCUGCGCAAUCUCAAAUACCUUAAUUUGGUUGGUAACAAACUGCAAGGCUCGAUUCCAAAGACACUAACCGAGUUGAAAAACCUUAAAACCCUAGAUUUGUCCAAGAACAAUCUCACAGGAGGGAUACAUGAAGAGUUCUGGAACAUGAACCAGCUUGAGUAUCUUGUUCUAGAUUCCAAUCCUCUCUCUGGCUCCUUACCAAAGAGCUUAUGUUCUGAAACCACAAAUCUGAAGGUACUAGGUUUGCAUGAAACUCACCUUUCCGGCGAGAUUCCGACAGAGAUCGGUAAAUGUCAGUCAUUACAAGAGCUUGAGCUGUCUAACAAUGACCUCACAGGUCAAAUUCCAGAUUCGUUGUAUCACCUCGUGGAACUCACGGUUUUGAAUAUUCACAACAAUACCUUGAAAGGCACGUUAUCUCCAUCGAUAUCUAACCUAACGAAUCUACAAGAGUUUGGUGUGUAUCAGAAUGACUUGGAGGGGAAGUUACCUAAAGAGAUCGGUUUCCUCACCAAACUAGAACGUCUAGUUCUUUUCAAGAACCGGUUUUCUGGUCAAAUCCCGGUUGAGAUUGGGAACUGCACGAGUCUUCAGCUGAUUGAUACGUAUGGGAAUCAUUUCAGUGGAGAGAUUCCUUCUUCGUUAGGAAGGUUAAAAGAUCUUUUUUGGCUUCACUUGAGAGAGAACGAGUUUUCUGGUAACAUUCCCGCCACUUUAGGUAACUGUCAACAACUAACUCUUAUUGAUUUAGCUGAUAAUCACCUCACCGGUUCGAUUCCUUCCUCCUUCGGCUUCUUAACCGCUUUGGACCAGCUUCACCUUUACAACAACUCUCUCCAAGGUAACCUUCCGAGCUCACUUAUCAACCUCAAGAAUCUCACAAGAAUCAAUUUCUCAAACAACAAGCUCAAUGGCUCCAUCAGUCCCUUGUGUGGUUCAAGCUCUUAUCUAUCAUUUGAUCUCACGGACAACGGAUUCGAGGGAGAUAUACCUCUUGAGCUUGGGAAGUCUCCGAGCCUCGACCGGUUAAGGUUAGGGAAGAAUCAGUUCACAGGAAGAAUCCCAUGGACAUUUGGGAAGAUCACUAAACUGUCUUUAUUGGAUAUCUCAAGCAACUCUCUGACAGGAACCAUACCUGUAGAGCUCGGUUUGUGUAAGAAUCUGACACUCAUUGAUCUCAGCGAUAACAUUCUUUCAGGGGUUGUACCUCCAUGGCUUGGAGAGCUUCCAUUGCUUGGUGAGCUCAAGCUUUCUUCUAAUAACCUUACCGGUUUACUCCCUAUUGAGAUUUUUAACUUAACCAAGCUUCUUGUGCUAUCUCUUGAUGGUAACUCACUUAACGGCUCUAUACCACAAGAGAUUGGGAACUUGGAAGCUCUCAAUGUACUUAACCUAGGAAAGAACCAGAUUUCAGGUCAGCUUCCUUCAGAUAUAGGCAAGCUUAGUAAGCUUUACGAGCUUCGGUUAUCGAGAAACUACUUAACAGGAGACAUCCCAUUUGAGGUUGGACAGCUACAAGAUCUUCAAAGUGCUUUAGAUCUCAGCUACAACAACUUUACUGGACACAUUCCACCUACCAUUUCGAUGUUACCUAAGCUUGAAUCUCUUGAUCUGUCUCAUAAUCACCUUGUCGGAGAUGUUCCUGGUCAAAUAGGAGAAAUGAAGAGCUUAGGAUAUCUCAACCUCUCUUACAACAACCUCAAGGGAAGGUUAAAGAAGCAGUUCUAUAAAUGGAAAGCUGAUGCUUUUUUAGGCAAUGCAGAACUCUGUGGAAGCCCUCUUGGUCGCUGCAAGAGAGCUGGAUCAAAGGAGCAAGGUCUUAGUGCAAAAACUAUAGUUAUAAUCUCUGCGUUGUCUUCAUUAGCAGCUGUUGCUUUGAUUGUACUAGUGAUCAUCCUCUUCUGCAAGCAAAGUCAUGGUGGAAACAACACAUUCUCAUCAAACUCUUCUCCUUCUUCACAAGCUCCCCUGUUUAGUAAUGGAACUGCAAAGACAGAUAUAAAGUGGGAAGACAUUAUGGAAGCAACGAAUCAUCUUGACGACGAGUUCAUGAUUGGAUCAGGAGGGUCAGGAAAAGUUUAUAAAGCGGAUUUGAAAAAAGGUGAGACGAUUGCUGUGAAGAAGAUUCUAUGGAAAGAUGAUUUGAUGUCAAACAAGAGCUUUAACAGAGAAGUGAAGACACUUGGAACGAUCAGACAUAGACAUUUGGUUAAGCUGAUGGGUUACUGCACUAGCAAAGCAGAUGGGUUGAACCUGUUGAUUUAUGAGUACAUGGAGAAUGGAAGUGUCUGGGACUGGCUUCACGUGAAGAAGAAGCAGGUUCUUGAUUGGGAAACAAGAUUGAAAAUUGCACUUGGUUUGGCUCAAGGAGUGGAGUAUCUUCAUUUUGAUUGUGUUCCUCCUAUAGUUCACCGUGAUAUCAAAACUAGUAAUGUGCUUCUUGAUUCCAACAUGGAAGCACACUUAGGAGAUUUUGGACUGGCCAAGAUCCUGACAGAGAGUAAUGACACCAACACAGAAUCAAAUAGUUUGUUUGCAGGCUCUUAUGGUUACAUUGCACCAGAGUAUGCUUACUCGUUGAAGGCCACUGAGAAGAGUGAUGUGUACAGUAUGGGGAUAGUGUUGAUGGAGAUUGUGACUGGUAAAAUGCCAACAGAUGAAGUGUUUGAUGAAGAGACCAAUAUGGUUAGAUGGCUGGAGACGUGUCUUGAGAUGCCACCUGGUUCUGCAGCGAGGGAGAAGCUGAUUGAUUCAGAACUUAAACCGCUUUUGCCGUGCGAAGAAGAAACAGCUUAUCAGGUUCUUGAAAUAGCGAUUCAGUGCACCAAAAAAUAUCCUCAGGAGAGACCAUCUUCAAGACAAGCUUGUGACUAUCUUCUUAAUGUCUUCAAUAAUAGAGCUGCUAGUUAUAGGGAGAUGCAAACUGAUUCCGAGAAAUGAUUUGGGUAGACAUGUGAUGUGGUUUGUGCUAGUAAAAUAAUGAAACUGAGCAUGUACUGCUUGAGAAUUUGGUUAAAUUACCCUUGACCUUUUAUGA